AUGACAUCGACUGACGUCAAAAAAUACGAUAUCCCACUCCAUCAAUACCGUAUGUUGGCGGCGUCGACCGAUGUCGACUAUCCAUACUUUCCGUUUCGCAUCUCGAUCGACUUCGUGCUCGUCCACAACUCACUGAAUUCGUCGAAACACCGCUAUCGGCAGUUCUUCGAGAAGGCGGCUGCCAAAGAGGGUUUGGUGGUCCGAAACGAGAAGGUCGACGAUUUGGAGUUCACGCUCAUCUCGACGCCGUUUCAUCGAUUAUGCCGCGAAGCCGAAUUGUCGCAAAUGAGCUUCCCAUUAAAGGAUUGUCCGAUCGCGCCGGCGAUUCCGUCGUGCUGUGUUCCAUUGUCGCGCGUGUUCGUCACCGACGACACCGUGCGUUUCGUGAACGCGCCGUUCCAACGCAAAAACGGCCACCUGUUCGCCAACUACACCAACGAGCGCCAAUUUUUGACGCCCGCCCAAAAGGGAUUCUUGACGCAUCAGAUUCUGGCGCGAAUCGACGUCAGUCGUGACGUCGAGGCGAAUCGCGUCGACGGCGACGCCAACUCGUCGGCGGCGUCGCUCAUCGCCGAUGCGCCUUUGAGGCGAAAAGGACUCAAUUGGCUUCUGAUGCAAGACGCCUAUACCGAUGCGUUUGUGCUUCACGCGCCGAGUACGGAAGAGCCGUAUUUUCGCGAGAUGAAAACGAAAUGCGAGUCAAACUACACGCAAUUCAUCGCCGAAAUCGACGACGAUCCGCGAAAAUCGCUCGGCGACUCAUGGCGACGAUGGCUCAAAUUUCAGCCGUUGAACAAAAUUCGCGAGUAUUUCGGCGAACAAAUCGCCUACUAUUUCGCGUGGCAGGGCACGUUCGUCACACUCCUCUGGCCGGCCACCAUUUUCGGUUUGAUCGUGUUCGUCAGCGGGCUCGUCGACGGCGUCGGCGAGGCGCCGUGGCGUCGCGACGACGACGACGACGCGCCGCUGACGGCGAAACUCGCCGAAUGGCUCAUCGGCUCGUUCGACACGCCGAUGAACGCCGUCUACGCCGUCUUCAUGUCGAUUUGGGGAAGUGUUUUUGUGCAAAUUUGGCGACGCAAUAAUUCGGUGUUGUCGUAUGAGUGGAAUGUUGAGGAGAUUCAUGUCAUCGAGCCCGAUCGACCCGAAUUUCGCGGCUCGAAAACCACUGAGGACCCAAUAACCGGCGAGGACAUCUGGAUCUCGCCGGCCGUCGUCCGCUACCUCCGCCUCGUCGCCUCAUUCCUCUUCGUGUGCCUCUCGAUGCUUCUCGUCGGCACCUCGGUGAUGCUGGUGGCGUUGGUCAAAUUCUGGACGUCGCACCGUUUCGAGUGUUCGCCGACGGCCGACUUCUCAUUGCGCUGCUGGUCGCUGACGGCGUUCGCGCCGUCGCUUCUCAACACGCUCUCGACGAUGGGUCUCGGCGCGAUCUACAAUCGUCUCGCCGAGCGGCUCAAUCGUUGGGAGAAUCAUCGAACGCUCACCGAGCACAACAACGCGCUCAUCGUCAAAAUUUUCGCGUUUCAAAUGGUCAACACCUACACCUCGUUGUUCUAUGUCGCGUUCAUUCGACCCGAAACUCAUGGUUUCCAGAAGAACGGCCUGUUCGGCCUCGGCGAGUCGUUCAAAGACACGUGCGCGGCGGGCACGUGCGGCUCUCUGCUCGCCGUCCAGCUCGUCUCGCACGCGCUCAUCAAACCGUUGCCGAAAUUCGCGAAAGACGUCGUCGUGCCGUAUUUGGUGCGAGCGUUGCGCGCUCGCCGCUGGACGUCGUCGUCGUCGUCGUUCUGCGAGUCCGACGAUCGCGCCGCCAACGUGCUCGUCCGCGAAUGGCUCAAACCGUGCGCCGGCGAUUUCGUGUUGUGGGAGAUGAACGAGAAAAUCAUCAUGUUCGGCACGACGAUGAUGUUCGCCUCUCUAUUCCCAUUGGCGCCAUUAUUCACCCUAAUUAUCGGGCUCAUUGACAUUCGAAUCGACGCCCAUCGACUUUUAUGGUUCAACCGGAAGCCGAUUCCGCAAAUCUCGAACGGAAUCGGCAUUUGGUUGCCGAUUCUCACGUUUCUGCAAUAUUGCGCCGUGUUCACCAAUGCGUUUAUUGUCGCCUUCACAUCGGACUUUUGCCCGAAAUUCUUCAAGGACGUCAUGUAUUGCAGCAUCGAGAAUCGCCUACUAAUUGUGAUAAUCUUCCAAAAUCUCGUGUUCCUUCUCAAAUACGCGCUGUCGGCGAUGAUUCCGUCGAUACCGGCGUCGAUAAAAGUGGCGAAACGCAAGAAGCACUAUAUUUUGGGACAAAUACUGGAGAAGGGCGACGUGCCGCAUCGGAUUCGCAAUAGGAAGCGAACGCGAUUCGCGAAAAUCGCGUGGAUCACGUCGAAUCGGCGGACGACGAAGACCGGCCGCAGACGGGCGGUGCAGAAGACGCGCGUCGAAACCCUUAACUAA